UUCUGUUGGUGUUGUUUUUUUGUAGAUUAAAAUAUAAUUUGUUUGUUCUGUUUCUGUUGUUUGUUUGCGGAAAAUGGCAGGGUGUGGAGAUGAGGUUGUUACAUUGGCUGCGAAUCUGCAAGGCCACGAGAAGGCUAUAACUGGUAUUGCCCUUCCCGAGAGGAGUGGCGAGCUUUAUACUUCUAGUAAAGAUGGAACUGUCCGAGUUUGGGAUUGCAAUACUGGUCGGUGCAAGUGGGUGGUUGAUCUUGGUUGUCCAGUUGGGGCUUUGAUUAGUAAUGGUCCAUGGAUUUUCUGCGGUGCUGAUAAUGUUGUCAAGGCAUGGAACAUUGAAACCAAUGCUGAGUUUAGUCUAGAUGGACCUGCCGUUGGCCAAGUUUGCGCUUUGGUAUUUGAUAAGGAAAUGCUUUUUGCCGGGACUGACAAAGGCGUUAUUUUGGUGUGGAAAGCUAAAGAUGGUCAAUUUGAACUUGUUGCAUCUCUCACUGGCCACACGGCUACUGUUGUUUGUUUUAUAAUCGGAUCCAAAUUCACUAAGCUCUACUCAGGCUCGGAAGACCAUACGAUAAAGGUGUGGGAUCUCAAUUCUUUAGAAUGUGUUGCAACACUGAGUGGACAUUCUGAUGUGGUCACGUCUCUUAUAUGCUGGGACCAGUUUUUGAUCUCCUCGUCAUUGGACUGCACCAUAAAGGUGUGGCACAUGACUGAAACCGACAACUUCAAUUUGGAAGUGAUAUACACUCACAAUGUUGAACAUGGUAUUAUUGCUCUAUCUGGGAUGCACGAUGCAGAAGAUAAUCCAGUCCUAAUUUGUUGUUCUAGUGACAGUUCUAUCCGCUUAUAUGAUCAGCCAUCGUUUGAUCAGAGGGCUGUUUUAUUUGGAAAGCAAGAAGUUCGGGCUAUUCAGAUAGGAGUUGGAGGGCUGUUCUUCAUUGGAGAUGCAAGUGGUCUCCUUUCUGUUUGGAAGUGGUUGGAGCCUGCAGUCAAAGUUAGGGGUGACAACAGGACUGCACUGCGUAAGAGAGGAAGGGAAGGAGUUGAGGGUUGUGGGUGGCAACCCAAUAAACAUAUUUGCUCCAGGCUUAUGUUAACAUGAUAUGAUCCACCUAUUUGCCUUUCCUCUUGGUUCUGCUCCUGUGUUAUCUUGGAGUUCCCUUAAUCACUGCCGAUCUGAUUGAUGCUUCGCUGUAUGAUAGUGGAUUUGACGAUCAAAUCUUCAGACAUAGAAUCUCUUUCUGUUGCUGGCAUUUUUAGGUUUUAAAGUUUAACGGUCUCUGCAUAUAUUUCUUGCACCAAAGCCAAAUGGAAAUGUGGUCAGGGUAAAUCUGAGAUGAUGAGAAACAUCUGAUGCUAGUGAUAUGUAUAUAUUGUCUGGAGAUUGGGAAUCAUUCUUUACCUUCAAAAUG